AUGCGCAUGCGCAGGCUGGGCUACGGCGGUCCUAAGGGGAGUUCAAGGAGAAGGGGGCAAGGCCGCUGAGGGCACCUCGGCGGGGUCGCAGCUACAGCCGUCAUGCCGGGGAUAGUGGAGCUGCCUACUGUGGAAGAGCUGAAAGUGGAGGAGGUGAAAGUCAGCUCUGCUGUGCUGAAAGCUGCGGCCCAUCACUAUGGGGCUCAGUGUGAUAAGCCCAACAAGGAGUUCAUGCUGUGCCGCUGGGAGGAGAAAGACCCGAGGCGGUGUUUAGAGGAAGGCAAGUUGGUCAACAAGUGUGCUCUGGAGUUCUUCAGGCAGAUAAAGCGUCACUGUGCGGAGCCUUUUACAGAAUAUUGGACCUGCAUCGAUUAUUCCGGCCUGCAGUUAUUUCGUCAGUGUCGCAAACAGCAAGCAAAGUUUGAUGAUUGUGUGCUGGACAAAUUGGGCUGGGUGCGGCCUGACCUGGGAGAACUAUCAAAGGUCACCAAAGUGAAAACAGAUCGACCUCUACCGGAGAAUCCCUAUCACUCAAGAGCAAGACCAGAGCCCAACCCUGAGAUAGAAGGAGAUCUGAAGCCUGCCAAGCAUGGCAGCCGCCUUUUUUUCUGGACCAUGUAAAGAUGGGUCAGUGGCCCAUGCUCAGUCACGCGCCCAGACAACUGGUGAAAACGCCCAUGUGGUUUGCAUCUCCCGAUAGUGUGUUCUUUCCUGGAUCACAAACAUUAACAAAAAAACUAAUUUAUGUGACUUGGCAGUUAUUCUAUACCAUUUCCUGUCCAUUAAAAAUUUUAAAGGAAA